AUGCAUAAAAAUGAUGAAGAGAAAAUAGAUGUUUUGAGCAUUCUCACUGGAUUAAUUGCUGCUGGAGUAUUCUUGGUCAUUUCUGGAUUACUUGUUUACUAUCUUUGUAUUACUAAGUGUAACAGACAACCUCUAGGUUCUUCAGCUGCCUAUGUAAGAAGGGACAGACAUCCAUCUACCAUCAUUUUCAGAGGACCCGAAGAAGCUUUCUUGUCCCCACCACCGCUUUCAGUGGAGGACACAGAACCUCCUUCUUACGAACAGGCAGUAGAACUGAACAGAAAGCAAAAUACUUCACCGCCACCACCAUAUCCUGGACCAACAAAAGGAUUUAGGGUCUUUAAAAAGUCUAUGUCUCUUCCAUAUCAUUAAGCCUACCUGGCUGCCUUGGUAGAACAGGACAUUCAUGUUAUGUGGAUGCUUUGGUUUUUCUUGGAAAGAACCAUCACUUUCAGACUUUUACAACAAACCUAAGAGAGAUUUCACACCACUGAAUGGCCCUCGCUCUCUGUACUGGAACUUGAUCGCCAUCAGUUUUUAUAAGAAACUUUGACUAUGUAUCCUGUAGUUAUGAAGAGAACACUUCCACAUGGACUGAAGCAUAGAAGAGCAGGUAGGGCAUUUGCCUUGUAUGCAGCUUACCUGGACACCCCAUGUGGUUCCCUGAGCCCUGCCAGGAGUGAUCACUGAACCUUUGACUGAGUAAGCCCUGAGCACUCCUGGGCAUAACCCAAAAAAGAAA